AUGACCUCUGACCUGCACUGCAGUGUUCUGCCGUUCCUCCUCCUCCCCCUCCUCCCCCCCCUCCCCCUCGUCCACGCCGACUCCUGCCCAGCCGUGUGUCUCUGUGUGUCGGACACGGUCAGCUGUAGCUCCAGAGGUCUGACCAGGCUGCCCGUCAACCUGCCCCCGGUGUCUGUUACACUGGACCUGGGCUACAACCGUCUGUGGUCUCUGGGUCCAGGAGGCUUCACCCUGAUGCCCAGACUGGAGACCCUGCAGCUGGGCCACAAUCAGCUGAGGGCUCUUGGUCCUGGGGUGUUCUUCAACACCUCCGGCCUCAGACAUCUGGACCUCUCCUCCAACAGACUGCAGGUUGUGGAGAAGCACUACUUCCAGGAGCUGUGGCGGCUGGAGGAGCUCCUCCUCUUCAACAACAGGAUCACUCAGGUGGAGGGGGGGGCACUGGGUGGCCUCCCCUGGCUGAAGAAGGCCUACUUCAGCUUAAACCUGCUCACACACUUCCCCUUCUUCUCCAUCAAAGAGCAGAGUCACCCGUCCCUGACCACGCUGGACCUGUCCUCCAACCGGCUGGGCCGUCUGCCCUGGGAGCAGGUGGACGUUCUGCCGACUGCGCUCCAGCGGGGGCUUUAUCUCCACAACAACUCCCUGGUCUGCGACUGCUCCUUGUACCGCACGUUUCACCGUUGGGAGGUGAGGGGUUACGACUCGGUGAAGGACUUUGAGGAGGAGCUCACCUGCUCCAUCUUCGGGAACCGGCGAGCGUCGGUUCGAUUCCUGCUCCACGGCCGGUUCUUCCACAACUGCAGCGUGGAAAGAGGCGUGUCUGGGCCCGUGAGCGUCCUCCUGCCCAGCGUCGUGGUUCCUCAUGGAGACAGAGUGCGUCUGGACUGUCAGACGUCGCUGAGUGGACGCAGCAGCAGCCACCUGUGGUUCACCUGGCUGUCCCCCAGCAGGGGCGCCCUCACCCCCAGCAGCGUCAGGGGCUCGGUCCUCCGCCUGUCUCCUGACGGUACCUUGGACAUCCCGGCGGUGCGCCUCGAGGACUCCGGCACGUACGUGUGCACGGCCGUGGACCACAGACUGGCCCUGAACGCCACCCGUCGGGUGGAGGUCACGGUGCUGCCACCUGCAGGGGAGUCAUUCAGCACGGGCUACACCACACUGGUGGGCUGCGUGGUGACCGUGGGCCUCAUCCUCAUCUACCUCUACCUGACCCCAUGUCACUGUGGACACCCCGGAGCUGCGGCCGCUCCAGCUCCGACCUGUGACCCCGAAGGCACAGCUCCUGAUAAGACGGCACACAGAGGUCACGGAGGUCACGGAGGUCACGGAGGUCAAUGUUCACAGGAGGACUAA